GGCAGUGACGUCAGAUUGGCGCAGGACAAAGUGUCGUCGCGUCGUGCUGCUGUCAGGUGGUCCCUUUUGUGGUGGGUUCCCGUGGUCGCUGCGCAACGGCCGGCCGACUUCCGCAGCGGGUCUCGGGCCACCGAGCGCCGUCUUCACCCAGCGCCAUGGCUGUGGCCGCUGUCGGCCGCCCGAGAGCCGUGCGCUGCCCGCUGUUGCUCCUGCUGUCACUCCUGCUGGUAGCCGGCCCUGCGCUGGGCUGGAACGACCCCGACAGAAUACUCUUGCGGGAUGUGAAAGCUCUUACCCUCUACUCCGACCGCUACACCACCUCCCGGAGGCUGGACCCUAUCCCACAGUUGAAGUGUGUUGGAGGCACCGCCGGUUGUGAUGCCUAUACCCCCAGGGUGAUACAGUGCCAGAACAAAGGCUGGGAUGGCUACGACGUGCAGUGGGAAUGUAAGACCGACUUGGAUAUUGCAUACAAAUUUGGCAAAACUGUGGUGAGCUGUGAAGGCUACGAGUCCUCUGAAGACCAGUAUGUCCUCAGGGGUUCCUGCGGCUUGGAGUACAACUUAGAUUACACAGAGCUGGGCCUGAAGAAACUGAAGGAGUCUGGAAGGCACCAGGGCUUCUCUGAUUAUUAUCACAAGCUGUACUCCUCGGAUUCCUGUGGCUUCAUUACCAUUGCAGUACUGUUUGUUCUCGCCUUUGCGGUUUACAAGCUGUUCCUCAGCGAUGGCCAGGGGUCGCCUCCGCCUUAUUCUGAGCACCCACCAUACUCCGAGCACUCUCAGAGGUUUGCCAGCGCUGCAGCGGCGCCUCCUCCGGGCUUUAAGUCGGAGUUCACAGGACCACAGAAUACUGGCUAUGGUGCAAGCUCUGGCUUCGGGAGUGCUUUUGGAGGCCAAGGCUAUGGCAGUUCAGGGCCGGGGUUCUGGUCUGGCCUGGGAGCUGGAGGACUGCUCGGGUAUUUGUUUGGCAGCAACAGAGCGGCGACCCCUUUCUCAGACUCGUGGUACCAUCCAGCCUACCCUCCUUCCUACUCUGGGGCCUGGAACAGUCGGGCCUACUCACCACUGGGUGGAGGCGCAGGGAGCUAUUGUGCAUCCUCUAAUACAGACUCGAGAACCAGACCGGCGUCAGGAUAUGGUGGCACCAGAAGACGGUAAAAUAGGAAGUUGAAGGCAAACACUGGAUGCAAAGUUUCUAAUUUGUCAUCACCAUCUCUUUAACACCUGGAUAAUGGGAAUAACCAAAAGUUGUGUGUUGUUUGGUCCUUGUGUAGCUUUUCCUGUCCCGUUGUUUGUGGCCAAGAGUUGAUAUGUGACAGAAUGCUAUGUUUUGUAUGAUAAUGUAACAUGCGUUCAAAGCGAUGGCUACUGUGGAAUGCUGACAUUGUUGUGCUUGUUUCUCAAGCCUUUCAUACCAGAGGGUGCAUUAAGAAUGGAGCACCCUCCUCCUGAGACUGAGCACAGACCGCUUGAGCUGAGGUGGCUUUGGACCAUGAGUCAUUCCCUCGUAGAAGCAACAAUCCUCUAUUGGAUAUUAAAACAUUUGGUGUUUGCUGUUCUUCAAGCAUUGAAGCCCAGUGCUGACUACUAAUUAUGCUGAUUUGUGGGUUGCAAUCACUUGAUCUGUAGAGCUUGGACCCCUCCUGUGGUGGUCAGCAUCUGGAGAGUGAUUCUGACCUUUCACAGGAAGGGUAGAAAGAAGAUGACUGUGCGCACAGAAGGCUUGGAACUGCUAGAGUUCAGUUUUCAGGCGGUAACAUUCAGAUGCAAAAGCAUGGAGUUCUUUGUGGAGUCUUAAACUGUCAGAUGUUGUGACAUUUUGUUUUAGCCUUACAUUAAUAUGACAAUAAAUUAAAAAAACGGGAAGUA